UGACCAUUGAUGAAAAGGGAAAUUUUGGGAGUACCCUGAAGGCAACAUCUGUUGCACGGAAAGUCGUUAGGGUUCAUCUACCCUCCUGUCAUUUGGACUCAUUCGUCCAAGGGGACUACAAGGCUUCUGUUGGUCACCUCCUUUACGUUAAGGCGUCUUCCACAUCCACCUCAGCAAGCAGUGUUGCCAAGCCCGAGAGGAUACAUCGGCCAAACCCGCAGCAGGCAGAAAGGACACUAAAAGAGCGAUGGGUUCCUCAGGACAAAGCUGGCCUUUGCUGACUCUUGGACUUUUGCUGUGGCUUCAUCACACCUCAUGUUUCUGGAUCCUCAAUGUCGUCUUCCCUCCCGAUUCGAAAGCCCAAAACCAUAGCAACAUCACGCCUCCACUCAUCAUUGUUCCCGGAAACUUGGGCAACCGCCUGGAAGCGAAGAUAGAUAAGCCACAGCUGGUGCACUGGAUGUGCUACAAGAAAACAGAUCACUGGUUCCCCUUGUGGAUUGACCUCAACAUGUUCAUGCCGAUUGGUGUCGACUGCUGGAUCGAUAACAUUAAACUUGUUUACAACAGGACGGCAAGACGGUCAUUCAACUCGCCAGGGGUGCAGGUGCGGGUGCCAGGGUUCGGACAAACCUAUCCCAUUGAGUUCCUCGACAAGAACAAAUUGACUGGUUAUUUUCACACUAUGGUGCAGCAUUUAGUCAACAUUGGUUACACUCGGAAUGAGAGUGUCCGCGGAGCACCGUAUGAUUGGAGAUUAACUCCUAACGAGAAUGCAGAGUAUCUCAUGAAGUUGCAGGAGUUGGUGGAACAGAUGUACGAGCAGUACCAGGAGCCUGUUUAUUUGCUGGGACACAGCAUGGGUUGCCACUACGUCCUCUACUUUCUCAACCAUCAGCCGCAGGAGUGGAAGGACAAGUACAUUCGGGGCUUCAUUUCCCUAGCGGCUCCAUGGGGGGGCGCCAUUAAAGUACUGAGAGUCAUGGCAUCAGGUGAAAAUGAUGGCAUCACAAUGAUCUCCAACAUUAAGAUCCGAGAAGAGCAAAGGAUGACUACGACAAAUCCCUGGAUGCUGCCAACAGAAACGGUGUGGCCAAAGGACCACGUCUUCUUAUCGACGCCAAACUUCAACUACACCAGUCAGGACUUUCAGCGCUUCUUCCAAGACAUCAAUUUUGAGGACGGCUGGUAUAUGAGGGAAGACACGAAAAACCUGACUUCUGAGCUCCGCCCACCUGGUGUUGAGGUGUGGUGUCUGUAUGGCGUCGGACUACCUACUCCAGUCACGCAUAUUUACGACGAGGGGUUUCCCAACGCAGACCCCAUAGACUUUGUUUACGACGAUGGGGAUGACACCGUGGGCAGCCGAAGCAUGAGUCUUUGCAAAAAUUGGGUGGGACAGCAGGAUAAGCCUGUGCAUGUUACAGAAUACAGGGGUUUGCCACACCUGGAUAUUGUAUUCAAUGAAAAAGUGCUCAGUCAAAUACAGAAAAUCUUAGAGGGGAAGUCAGAGGUCCCCAAAGAAGUUGAUCUCAGGUCUGGGUAGAUAUAACAAAACAGCAUUUUGACAUUUUAUGAAAAAGCACAUGCAACAGGCCUGGGAAUAGCAGCAAUAACAAGUUGUGUAUGCCUGACCUCUCAAGUUUAUAAAAAUUAUCCCAAUUUCUAAACCAUGUACUCUUCAGGUUUGAUAGGGUUUUUUUCCAACAUAACAAUUUUGUUGUGCACAGAAAUCUUUUGUCUGUCAUUUUAGUGGUUAUUGUUGAAUUUUGAUUUGCUUUUAAUAAAUCAAUCUGCUCGUU